CCAUUCCUCCCCCAGCGCUGCGUGUGCAGCCUCCCGCGGGCACCGCUCCACUGCCCGGUCCCCGGCCGUCCCAGGCGGGCUCCUUCGCCCGCAGCCAUGGCAGAGCAGAGCCAGCAGCAGGAGCGGAGGGAGCCCGAGCGGCCCGCGUACUUCGCAGCCCUGGGCUCGGGCAGCCCCAAGCCCAGGCAGAAAUUCGGGGGCAUGUUCUGCAGCGUGGAAGGAGCCUUUGAAAACAAAACGCUGGACUUGGACGCGCUGAGCGGCGGCAGGAGAGGCGGCCAGACGCCGGAGCGAGGGGCGCUCCGCCAGCUCUCCAGCGACUCCCCAGGGCAGAGCGAGAGCAGCCCUGCUCUCACCCCAGCCGGAGGGGAGCCUUCCCCGCCCGCUGCUGGGGCAGCCGGAGGCGCGCCUGAUGGCUACACUCAGAGUGACCGGCUUCUAAUCAAAGGAGGAAAGAUCGUCAAUGAUGAUCAAUCAUUUUAUGCUGAUAUCUAUGUGGAAGACAGUUUGAUAAAGCAAAUUGGAGAAAAUCUGAUAGUUCCUGGUGGCGUCAAAACUGUUGAUGCCUAUGGCCAGUUGGUUAUGCCAGGAGGAAUAGAUGUCCACACUAGACUACAGAUGCCUGUGAUGGGAAUGACCUCCGCUGAUGACUUUUAUCAAGGCACAAAAGCAGCCCUAGCAGGAGGAACCACCAUGAUACUUGACCAUGUAUUCCCUGACUCUGGAAUGAAUCUGCUUUCUGCAUAUGACCAAUGGAGAGAGUGUGCUGAUAACAAAGCCUGUUGUGAUUAUUCCCUGCAUAUUGACAUCACACGCUGGCAUGAGAGCAUAAAAGAGGAACUGGAAGCUCUAGUGAAAGACAAAGGUGUGAACUCCUUUCUAGUUUUCAUGGCUUAUAAAGACAAGCUCCAGUGCACUGAUGCUCAGAUGUAUGAAAUAUUCAACAUUAUUCGCGACCUGGGUGCCAUUGCCCAAGUGCAUGCUGAAAAUGGAGACAUAAUUGAUGAGGAGCAAAAGAGACUGUUGGAACUUGGAAUUACUGGUCCAGAGGGGCAUGUUCUUAGCCACCCAGAGGAGGUUGAAGCAGAGGCAGUGUACCGUGCAAUUACAAUAGCAAAACAAGCCAACUGCCCGUUGUAUGUCACAAAAGUAAUGAGCAAAGGUGCCGCAGAUGUGAUAGCUCAAGCAAAGCGAAAAGGCACAGUUGUGUAUGGAGAGCCAAUUACAGCGAGCCUUGGCACUGAUGGAUCACACUACUGGAGUAAGAAUUGGGCUAAAGCUGCAGCCUUUGUUACAUCCCCACCAGUUAGCCCUGACCCUACUACAGCUGAUUAUCUCACUUCUCUGUUAUCAUGUGGGGAUCUGCAGGUUGCAGGCAGUGCCCACUGCACAUUUACCACCGCACAGAAGGCAGUAGGAAAGGAUAACUUUACCCUUAUUCCAGAGGGAACAAAUGGCAUUGAAGAAAGAAUGUCAAUAAUUUGGGAGAAGUGUGUGGCCUCGGGGAAGAUGGAUGAGAAUGAUUUUGUAGCAGUGACCAGUACAAAUGCAGCCAAAAUCUUUAAUUUUUAUCCCAGGAAGGGACGAAUUGCUGUCGGUUCUGAUGCUGACCUAGUUAUAUGGAAUCCCAAGGCUACAAAAAUUGUCUCAGCAAAAACCCACCAUCUGAAUGUGGAAUAUAAUAUAUUUGAAGGGACAGAGUGUCGUGGUUCCCCUACUGUUGUUAUAAGUCAAGGAAAAGUUGUGCUGGAAGAUGGAAACCUCUUUGUCAUCCAAGGGUCUGGUCGCUUUGUUCCUAGAAAGACAUUCCCUGAUUUUGUUUAUAAAAGAAUAAAGGCAAGAAACAGGCUUGCUGAAAUUCAUGGUGUUCCCAGGGGGCUUUAUGAUGGGCCAGUUCAUGAUGUCAUAGUGACUGCUAAAGCUGCAGCCCCAACUCCUACUUCAAGGAUAGCUCCCUGCUCAGGCAAAAUACCAACUCUUCCUGUCCGUAAUCUGCAUCUGUCAGGAUUCAGCUUGUCUGGAUCUCAAACAGAUGACCAUAUUGCAAGACGCCCUGCUCAAAAAAUCAUCGCACCCCCUGGUGGACGUUCCAAUAUUACAUCUUUGUCAUAAUGAUUCCAAAUGGGAUGUAUUGUAUUCCCUGCCAAUCAGUCUUGGUUUCCACUGGAGCAGGUGAUCUGGGGAACUGCAUUUUUCAACAUCAGUUUCACAUUUACAGAAAAUGUAUCUUAAAAGAUUGCCUUGUUUACACUCACCCAGAACACCUUGCUUUAUGAGCUGGAAGUGCAGCUCUAAGUAGCAACCUUAACAAUUAAUUAUAGGGCAUAAUGUACACGGGCAGGGCAAGGGGCUUGGGUGGAGUGGACACCAUGGAAAUAUAAAAUUGAUCUGCCAUCAAGCUCAGGAUAAAAUUAACCAUGCAUCAGUUUACCCACCCCCCUAUCUUUCUCUGAAUGGAAAAUAGGCUAAAAAUACCCAAGAUAAUAGAACUCCCAUCAAGUAUUUUAAAUAUGUUUCUCGCUCAAAUAGAUAUUCAGCAGAUCUUUGACAUGUGCAUGUAAACAAUAAGAAGUUAAUUUAAAAAUGUGUUCAGCAGUGCUGCUGGCCGUCUUGUAAUCAGGACAAAGCUGUAGACAUGUUUUGUGUUUAAUAGGUUCUUUGUUUCCUUUCCAAUAACAACUACUGCCCUUUGUACUCUUAAGGAAUUUUAACUGGUAAACACUCAACUCUGUAUGUUUUUAAUACAGUUAGUUAUAUAUAUCUUGUGGUUGAACUGAUCAAUAAUCAUAUAUUUAUACUAUCUCAUUGCUCAGGCCUUGAACAUGCCUUGGGAAUCAUUGUCACUCUGUACCAAUGUGACAGCAUGAAUAUAAGAAAUCGAAGUGUGUUCUGAAUGUUCAUGGAGUUAGUUGUCAUAGUGUCAAUAUAGGCAUACUAAUGUAUUGAGCUUUUGGGGUUUUUUUUCAUAGUUGUAUUUCUGGAACACAGAGCUGACAGUGGAAGUUCCAGUGUAUUUUAGUCUUUUUGUUAGACUUGUUUUUUAAAGAUUAUUUAUACAGUUUUCCAAGUACCUAGCAAAGGCACAUUUGAAGGCCAGUUGCAUCUGAUGAACUCUUUUAUAAAGCUUAAUACAACAGGUUUAUUAUAUUUAAAGCUCUGUACAGUAAAGGUGAUCUUAUAUGCAGUAUCAUUCCAUAAAACUAUGCAUGUAAUGUCAACAAAAUCAUUAUUUGGUUUUUUUGUUCAUUGCUUUCAAUAAAGUUUGUUGGAAAUCACCAAAAUUAUAAGGCUAUUUGAUUAAUCUUUGUCUACUGUCUCCUACUGUAGGCUCUUAUCCAUAGUGAAUCAUCAAACUUAUACACUUUGAGUUUGAUCUGGUUCCCUUUAUCAAAGGAAAGAAGCCUAUUGACUUCAGAGAAUUUGGAUGAGGUCUUGUUUACCAAGGGCUCUAUAAUUAGACUGUUCAUAGUUCCCAAACUAGUUUGAGUGCUUACCUCAAACUCUUUGAGCUGUAAAUCAGGCUGAAAUACUAUAAGCUCAGUCAGUCUUCCCCAUUAGAUUUCUAGUACUUCCUGGUUUCUCCUAGACUAGUGAAAGCCUUGAGAAUGAAAUUUCUUGGACUAUUUCCGUACUUCCAUUUUUAGCCCCAUCUGAAACUAGGAAGUAAAGAUGCACAUAAAAAUUAUGGAAAGACAACAGUUCUGGAUUUGCUACAGUGGCAAAGACAUAUGAAAUCUUCCCAUACUUUCAUUUUAGAUUUGUGUUUUGAUAAAAAUUUCAUCUGGAUGUAGCAAAAUUAUAGUCUUUGAAUGGAGUGUUUCAUUGUUUGGAAUUAUUGCUUCAGUUUAUGGCCCUAUUGUUAUUUCACUAGUUCAGCUGAAAGAAACUCUUGAGCUAAUAAAUCUUUUACAGGGCUAUUCUUUCCUAUUAAUACAUUUUAGGAAAGUGAAAAAUUUUAGGAGUAAAAAAAUGUGCAGUAAAUAUAAAAACAGCCCUGGGUUUCAGAGUGUACAGGGGAUUAAGCUGGGCCAGAAUAAAGCCCUAAUGUUUCUUCUUCUUCUUCUUCUUCUUCAUAAAAAUGACUUUAAGUCUUCAGAAACUAUACACACCAAGUACUUGAAAAAACAAAAUGAUCUUUCCCAGAGGUGUAGUUACCUCAGCUCACAGCCUUCUAGCCAACCAUUCGCAAACACGUUGGCUAGAAUGCCAAACUUCAUUAGAGCACUGAAAAAGAUAAGAGCUUUGAAACCUCCACCUGCCACACAGAUAAGUGAUGAGGCUAUAAGAUGUUGCUGUAACUGUCCCUUUUUCAUUUCCAUAUGGGUUUUCUGUACCAUACACUCAUACUCCAUUGAUUCACGAUAGGCAAACCUCAAAAGAAUGGCUCGUGAAAUUGCUAGUAAUUCCUAGCUUUGGUAGAGCUUCUGUUCCCGUAUGUCAAUGUAUUGCAUAAGUUCCAGAAUCCAAAAAUUCUGAAGUUUCUGCAUUUUUUUAACUUCACAAUAGAUUUUGGGCCUGUAGUUUUUGGGCAAUGACUGAGGCCAGUACUUUUUGUAAUGGACUAUUUUAUCCAUCCUUAUGCUGAAAUACCAUAGCGAUGUGCUGCACUAGAUACAACUAAGAUAGAUACAACUGGUAGCGACAGAAUGAGUUCCUUUCAAUGAAUUCAGCGUUUGGAAUAAUUGUUGAGAAUUUUUGUUGCUCUUGUAAAGAAUUUUGAGCGCUGGACAGUGUGUCAGUUGGGGGACACACUCCUUUAAUUGCAUUUAGAGCUUCUAAAAACCCCAGACAUUGUCAAAACUUAUGCAAUAGUUCUGUCUUAUUUACAGAUGUGAUGAUCAUCCCUCUUCAAGCUGUCUCAGACUGGGUUCCCAGUAAUUGAAGCACUCAAUAAUACAAGUCAUUUGCGAAAAUCUAGGCUGCAUCAAGCCCACAUGAAAUUAUACUCCGUUCAGGUCAACCUUCCAUUUCAUUUUAUAUUAUAUUUCAAUAUUAUAUUGGUGCACCUGUGCCAAGGCUUGAUUUUUAAAUGUAUUUAUCUGUUUUCCAACAAAAUUUAUGAAGUUAUGACAUUGGAUACCUUUCAUGGAAUAUGAAAAGACACAAAGCUAAAUUCUGCUGGUAUAAAGAAGGCAAUUGGAGUUUUGGUUAAUUGUGAAAGUUAGGCCAUGAGUCAGCAAGCACUUAACUUCAAGCAUGUGCUUCAGGCCCAUUGAAGUGAAUAAGAGUCAAGACCCAGUACACAAUGAGAUUACUGGACAUAGAAAAGUAUCUGAGGUGCUCUGAAAUGUUGUAAGGAUCUCCAAGCAUGUAAGAUCCAUGUAGCUACUCAAGUGCAGAGAGAGGGGCAUGAUGUUACAUUUGUCACAGGAGGAAAAGCAGCAAAUACAUUUGGGGAGUUUUAACCUUCUGAAUAAACAAAGUCUGAUUUAUGAAAAUCUAUUAUCCCUCACCAUUUACUUUUCAGUGGAUGAAACUUUGGGGCUAGCUAAAGACCAAGAAUAUCAUGAUGAGGGAUUUGAACAAAGCUGAGUGCUGGUAUAAUAACAGGCUGAGGCUAAGAGAAUCUCACUGAGAAAUUAGGUCAUUUUUGCCAUCCAAGGGCACUAAUAAAUAUUCUGUCACAAUGAACGUAUCGUAUAUGAGGGAGUGUAGACUAAUGGAGGAUGACAGGUUGUCUGGGUUCUAAAAGUCUUUGGAUAAAAGCCCUCACUUGUGAAAAUGUAGAUGCUCCUAAAAUCAACCUCCAAGUACCUCUGUUUUGCCAGCAGCCCCGCUGGCCUGAUAAUCUAUAUAUUACUCUUCUUGAAAGACGUUAUCUAUGAAUUGCCAACAAAUCAGUUUUUUUAGCACAGAAAUUUUCAAAAGCACAAAAGUAAUCAUCAUGAUAUAGUAUCAGAGGGGUAGCCGUGUUAGUCUGGAUCUGUAAAAGCAGCAAAGAAUCCUGUGGCACCUUAUAGACUAACAGACGUUUUGGAGCAUGAGCUUUCGUGGGUGAAUACCCACUUCAUCAGAUGCAUGCAUGCAUAUAUGCCCUUGGAUAUACUAUGUCACUGCAUCCCAGACAUACACUGCUAACCUGCCCUACACGCUGACACACAGACAGGGGCGGCUCUAGACUUUUCACCACCCCAAGCACGGUGGCAUGCCGCGGGGGAUGCUCUGCCGGCCGCCGGGCCCACGGCUCCAGUGGACCGCCCGCAGGUGUGCCUGCGGAGGGUCCGCUGGUCCAACGGCUCCGCCGAAGCCGCGGGACCAGCAGAUCCUCCGCAGGCAUGCUGCCGAAGGCAACCUGCCUGCCGCCCUCCUGGCAACCGGCAGAGCGCCCCACCGCAGCAUGCCACCCCAAGCAUGCACUUGGCGUGCUGGGGCCUGGAGCUGCCCCUGCACACAGAGAGGCACAGGCUGAAAAAUGUAGCUACGCAAGAAGCUAGCCUUUAUCAGGAAUGGGCUCAAUUGUAAAAAUGAGAUCCCUGAUUCUAAAGCAACAAUAUGUGGAAACUCAGCUCCUAAAAUAUAAUUGGCACUGAAAAUGCACAAAUCAUAUCAAAUAACACUCUUGUUGAGGAUUCCUCCCACACAUGUAUUCAAACUGUUAUACUCUGCAGCCUUGGCAUAUUUCCUAGAAAGCCUCAUACCAUGACCUUUGCGUCUCUUCUACUCACAGGAGGUACGUCCCUGUGUGGGUGAAAGAGCAAAGACUACAGUAAUUGCUCUGUCCCUAAGUUUGAAGGGUGAAAGCACUUCAUAGGCCCUCAAAAAACUUGGAAAAAACGUAUACAAAAACUUGAUGCAAGGUUUCGAUUGCAGGGCCUGCCUUCUUCCCUAUCUGACCUCUCAUUACAGCACUUGAGAGCAUCCUGCUUAGAUUUGCUGAAUAUACCCCAGUAUAAUCACAAAGUCAGUUUUUUCCCAUAGGGGCCUGUGAUUGUGGAGUGUUCUCAUGGUGCAGCAAAGCCCAUUAGUCAAAUCUUAGCAGGAGAAACUGAAACCUUUCCCUUUCCCCAUCAGUGUGUGUUUGGUGAUGUUAGUUUCUUUCCAUUAGUUGAUGGGUCACUAGGAUUUUCCAUGCUAGAUCAGGUAAUUUAUUUGGUUACUGGGCCUUAUUGCCCUUUCCAAAAUGUCUGACAUCUUGUGUCAUUUGUGUGACCCUCAGAGGUCUUCCAGCUGAUGAGGAGCUUUUAGAAACAUUCAUGCCAAAUGGUGCCUGACUCCUGCAAGGGAGGUGGGAGGGAAGGAAGGAGGCUAGUUGUCAGUGAAAGCUGCAGGGAGCCUUCCUCUCCAUCGCAUUCCCCUCUGUGACAGGUCUAUUAUUAAUUACAUUUGCAGUCCCUGCUCCCUCCGGUUUCCCCCUAAGCAUUCAUCACCACAAAGAGGAAGGAGAUGUGUCCUGACCCCCAUCUAUACCCGCAGAGAAGACCAGACAUGGUGAAUGUUGCAGUCGAAUAUAUGUUCAGGAUAAUCAAAGAUAUAUUAAUGUGCAAUUGUUAAAAAUCCUAUGUCUGGUCAAGGAAGUGGGAUUCACUAAAUAUUAGGGGCCAGAUUCUCAGGUGGUUAUAAGUCAGUAUAGCUGACUUCAAUAAAGCAACUCUGAUUUAUAACAGCUGAGGAUGUAGCCCUACAUCUCUUACCAUUGAUCAUUUCUCAGAGAUCUUUUCACAUUUACUUUUCACUUGUCACAUGCCUGAGAAGGCCAUUUGAGGGGAGAAAUGGGGUAAUCACCAUCCUUAAGGGUCAUUGGUGGAAGUAUCCACAUAUGGUAGCAUAUAGUCUUUGUCUGCUUCCUGACUUGCAAAUACACAGGAUCUGUAAAUAUUUCUUUAGGCCUCACUGUAUAAUGGAAUAUUAAGAAGAAAGUUCAGAAUACUUGGUUAUUUGUAAAUGUGUUUGUCCCUAAUUUCUUUUGACACAUUUUCUGCAUGCUCCUGAUCAGAUAAAUCUUGAUUGUGGUUUAAAAUAUGAGAUUCUGUGAACAUUCUUUGUACACAGAGACAUAAUGAAUACUCUGAAAGGUUUAUAUUUCAGCGUUUGGACAUUCUGUGUGUAUAAUUAUUAGCGUAGGUGCUGUCUUGUAAAGUAGGCAAUUCAGAAGUCAGGAGACUGCUCUGUUGGGGCCACUAAAGUCGACAGGACUUUGGCAUUAAAUGCAAAGGCAACAGAAAAAUGAGGAGAGGAGGAGGAGGAGGAGGCUGAAAUAGGAACAAAUACAAUAUAACUCUUUUCUUCUCUGAAGUGCUGGUAGCAUCUUGUUUGUUGUAAUUUAAGUGAACACACCAACAAUAGUGCAGGCCAAUAUAUCAAUACCAAAGAGCAUGUAAUGAGAAUAUGCUAUAAUAUUCUUGAAACAUAUGCUCAUUUAUAGGUCACUAUAUAGCACAUUAUGCUAAAUCUUGGUCUUUUUUGGCUAACAUCAAGUGCAUAACUAAUUUAAUAUCAUAGAGUAAUAGAACUAGAGAUGGAAAAUAAGUAGUGGGUAAAUUAAUCCAUCCCCCAAGUCACUGCAAGCUUUUUCUCUACAAUUGCUUUCUAAUUCUGGUCUACUCAAUUACCCAUCACUAUGUUUUAUAGUAAUACUGGAAACAGGAUAUAUCGUCUAUCCUGAAACUGGGUCCUGCAUGCCCAGGGGGGUCAGUGGACUUCAUCCCUAACUGCUAGAGUUCUAACGCUAGUCACUUUUUUUUUAAAAAGGCCACCUGUUCAAGUUGUGGUGCAUGAUGAUGGAUCCUGCUGCCCAGUCAGGAGGUGGCAUUAUUGGGCACUCAUCCGAAAGGUUAGCCACAGAAAGAAUUUAAUAUGUGAUGAUUCAGGCAGCAGGGGCGACAAACAAGAAUUAUAAAGAGACUCUCCCCUAACCUGUAACCGGACAGCUGCAAUGAAUGUUCAGAAAAGAAAUCUGAUUUUUACAAAGGUUUCCAGUCCCAUGACAUCACUAAAUGUCAACCAAAGAGAAAGCUGUGUGCAAGCCCAUCUGAUGAUUUGUUUAGAAAGUUUCACAGCUACCCAGCUAUCAGAGAGGCCAACAGAUGCGUCCAAGGCUGUUUCUGCACAGAAAAAAGUGAAGAUUACGGCAUAUAGAGGUGGUAGAGUUGUAAGGAUAAGGCACUAGCCAGAUCCCCAACUUGUGUAAAUUGGUGUAGCUCUCUUGUCUAUUCUGCUUCAGAACAUCUGGGCAGGGCCGGCUCCAGGCACCAGCAUCCCAAGCAGGUGCUUGGGACGGCAAUCUGCAAGGGGCGGCAGGCUGUGUGCUUUUGCCCCCAAUCAGUGCACCGAAUUGCCACCAUGGACGGUGGGCGCAGGCCUUGUGCCGUUAGGGCAGCAUGCACGUUUCCGCCGUGGCGGCAAUUUGGCUGCAGCUUCUAGCUUCAGCUGUCAGCGGCGGCGCAGCUUCUGUCUUCCGGCUGAAGACAGAAGCUGCUGCCGAAUUGCCACUGCUGCGGAAACACGCGUGCUGCCCUAAGGGUACAUGGACUGUUUCCGCUGUCUGCGGCGGCAAUUCGGCGCGCUGCUUGGGGCAGCAAAAACAGUAGAGCUGGCCCUGCAUCUGGGGAUCCAGCCCAUCAUUUUUCUGUUACAAUUAGUGACAUUCACCCCGUGCGUCAUAUAAGCCGUAUGUUAAGGGCAUAAGUGGGACUUAGAUGUGGGACUGAAGUGGUACAAAGGGCCUUAUGAGGGGACCUCUGAGAUUAAAAUCUUGUGUUUAAACUGUUGUCAUGUUUUCUUUGGGUCUCUGUAGAUAAGUAAGCAUGGUAUAGAUGUUGGCAUUUUGGUAUAUUACCUUUGUAUAUAAACAGAGUUAUUUAGAAUUACUUUUCAACCACACCAACCAAAA